CCACAAAACACUGAAAUGGAACCUGAUCCUACAUCAGUCGUUCUCAUUCCUUUUCGGUGUCCGAACCUGUCCGAAGGUCUUCCUGAAGGCUCACGUAUAAAAGGACACCUGCUGCUUGGAGGGAGCACUUCAGGAAGGAAAAUGAGAGGACUUUGGGCUUUUCUGGCUCUGUUUGUUGCCGUUUUUGGCAAUGAAACCUUCGAGGGACACCAGGUCCUUCGGAUCACUCCUGUAGAUGAGGCUCAUCUCAGUCUCCUGAAGGAACUCUCGGAGAACGAGCAGCUCAGGCUGGAUUUCUGGAGGGAACCUGUUGACGUGUCACUCCCUGUUGACGUCCGUGUUCCCUUCCCCAGCCUGCAGGCCGUCAGAGCGUUCCUGGGAUACCAUGAGAUCCAUUAUGAGAUCAUGAUCCAGGAUCUUCAGGAUCUUCUCAACGAAGAGCAGGGUGAGAUGUUGAGAUUUAGGGGUCUCCAGCCAAGAAGCACCGAUGAUUUUACCUACGCCAGCUACCACACGCCAGACGAGAUCAACAGCUUCAUGGACAUGUUGGUGCAGGAGAACCCUGGAUUCGUUAGCAAGAUCGUGAUCGGACAGAGUUACGAGGGACGUCCACUCAAUGUUCUGAAAUUCAGCACUGGUGCUAACCGACCUGGCCUCUGGAUCGACACUGGUAUUCACUCCAGAGAAUGGGUGACUCAAGCUAGUGGAACCUGGUUUGCCAAAAAGAUUGUGACAGAUUACGGACGUGACGCGGAACUGACUGACAUCCUUGACAAGUAUGACAUCUUCCUGGAGAUCAUCACCAAUCCUGAUGGAUUCCAGUUUACCCACAGCAGCAACCGCAUGUGGCGUAAGACGAGGAAGCCCAACCCUGGAUCAAGCUGCGUUGGAGUCGAUCCCAACAGGAACUGGGAUGCUGGAUUUGGAGGCGCCGGUGCUAGCAGUAGCCCCUGCACUGAGACGUACCGUGGACCGAAAGCUCACUCGGAACCCGAGGUCAAGUCCAUCGUUGACUUUGUUACAUCUCACGGCCAGAUUAAAGCCUUCGUGUCCAUCCACAGCUACUCUCAGAUGCUCCUCUACCCCUACGGCUACACGAAAACUCCCUGCAAGGACCAGGCAGAGCUGCAUGAACUUGCGAAGAAAGCCGUCAGUGACCUGAGCAGCCUGUAUAACACUCAAUACAGAUACGGCAGCAUCAUCACCACCAUCUAUCAAGCGAGCGGAGGCACCAUUGACUGGACCUACAACCAGGGCAUCAAGUACUCCUACACCUUUGAGCUGAGAGACACCGGACGAUACGGAUUCAUCCUGCCAGCCAAUCAGAUCAUUCCGACUGCUCAGGAGACCUGGCUGGCCCUCAUGGCCAUCAUGAAGCACACCAAGAACAACCCGUACUGAACCAGCAGCAUCGUUAAUCAAUAAUAAUAACAAAGUUGCGACUUUGAUACGGGAUGAUAUUCUGAUUUCUGUCAUUUCCAGCAAUAAACAUAAUAAUGUGCAAUAAAAA